AUGAUAGCAUGUGAAGAGAAAUAUAAACAUUUGUUGUAUUCUGAAAAUACUUCCGAUACCGAAAUAGAGAAAGCGGUAGAUGAGUCAGAAAUGUAUAUUGAUCGAUGGAGAUCUUUAAAACAGAAGCUAGAAACACUAGUGAGUGAACAAUUAUCUUCUAAAAAUGAAAAUUUGAACAUUGUUUCGCAGCCGAACACUUUAUUACGUUACCCAAAAAUAAAAUUACCUACUUUUGACGGUAGUGUACGAAAUUGGCUAUACUUUUGGGGUCAGUUUCAAAAAAUUGAUGAGGACAUUAAUAUCGAUUUUCACGAUAAAUUUUCGUAUUUAUCUCAAGCAAUGGAAAAAGGCAGUCCUGCUGAAGAAUUAAUUAAGAGCUAUCCCCCAGGGGGUAAUAGUUACGAAAAAGCUUUAAAACAGCUGAAAAUGCGUUUCGGCAGAGAGGAACUAUUGAUUCAGGUAUAUGUCAGAGACUUAUUAGUAUUAGUUCUUCAAAAACAGAACACUUCUAAAAAUUCAUUAAGAAAAUUGUUCGAUCAACUUGAGAGUAAACUGCGAUCACUUGAAUUAUUAGGUGUUACUAGGGAAAAAUAUGCUGCAAUGCUUUUUCCACUAGUUGAAUCAUCAUUACCCGAAGAAACUCUUGUUGCUUGGCAGCGCUAUAGAUCUGCUCAUCGUAGAAUUCGAGAAGUGAAUUUAGAUGAUUCAGACGAAAGUAAAACUAUAAUUGAGAAAAGUGAUUUAGAAUGCAUUUUAGAAUUUUUACAAGCCGAAGUCGAAGCUGAAGAACGCAUUUUUUUAGCCUCUCAAAGUUUCAACACAUCGAAACCAAAAGCAGAAGUAAAACAUAAUCUUUCCUAUGAGAAAAAGGUAAUAGAGAACAAAUGUAAGAGUAGAAAGUUUUCAAAUAUACCUAGUGCAACAGACCUUCUAACUUCAUCUCAAGUAUCAAAACAGUGUAUAUUCUGUUCUAAUUCACAUUUUUCUGGAGACUGUCUAAAAGUAAGAAAAAUACCUUUAAGGCAGAGGGAGUCACUGGUUCAACAAUCUCACAAGUGUUUUUUAUGUUUGAAAUCUGGACAUUCAGUCAAGGAUUGUAACUUGAAAGCUGGUUGCUUGUGUUGUGGUAAAAAACACCAUAUUCUUCUGUGUAGAAAGAUGCACCAAAUAACUAUGUCAAAAAACGAAGAAUCACCUGAAGUUGAAAAGAAAACUGAGAUUAGUGCUGAAGUGGAUCAAGCUCUUUCCAAUUUAUCUUCUACUCCGGACGUAAUGCUUCAAACAUUCAAAGUUAUAAUUAGAAGUAAUGGGAAAAAAACGCGUCGCAAGAGCUAUUAUCGAUACUGCUUCACAGCGAUCAUAUUUAUUAAGAAGUACAGCUAA